UUUUUUUAAAAUGAGUUGGCAAGAUUGCUUCUCCUUAAAUUCCCUUCGCACUUGUUAGUUUAAAUAAAAACAAACAAUACUGACAAGGCCACCAAGCAAAAACACUUCCAAACUUUUUUUAGUCGUCGACAAAGUCAAUCACAUCUAGAAAUCUAUAAUGUCAUUCCACCAAGAAAAAAAGAAACAUGUGGCAGUUUGUGGUGGAGGUCUGGUGGGUGCUCUGAAUGCUUGCUACAUGGCCAGAAGAGGUUACAAGGUGGAUCUAUACGAAAUGCGACCAGAUAUUAGAACCAUGAAAGUGGUAAGAGGAAAGAGUAUCAACCUGGCUUUGUCUUGUAGAGGUAGAGAAGCAUUAAAACGUGUGGGACUUGAGGAUGCUGUCACCAAGUAUGGUAUUCCUAUGCAUGCACGCAUGAUCCAUGACCUGAAUGGGAGACGACGACCAAUAUUAUAUGGCACAAAAGAUCAGUACAUCAUGUCCAUUGACAGACGUCUGUUGAAUGAAAUUAUGCUCUCAGCUGUUGAGAAGUUUCCUGAUGUGGAGAUACAUUUCUCUCAUAAGUUGACCACAUGUAACUUUGAGACUGGAGAGGCUACCUUUGAGAAUGAGCAAGGACACAAAGUAACCAAACAGUUUGACCUGAUUAUUGGCUGUGAUGGAGCAUACUCAGCUGUCAGGAAACAGAUGAUGAAGUUAAGCAGAUUUGACUAUCAGCAGACGUACAUACCCCAUGGCUACAUGGAACUCAAUAUCCCACCAAACAGUCAAAAUGAAUUUGCAAUGGAAAUAAAUUAUCUUCACAUUUGGCCAAGAAAUGAAUAUAUGAUGAUAGCACUACCAAAUCUGGAUAAAUCUUUCACAACCACUUUAUUCAUGCCUUUUGAAAUGUUUGAAGCCAUCACCACUGAGGAAAAGCUCAUCCAGUUUUUUAAAGAAGAGUUUCCUGAUGCUCUUCCCUUGUUAGGACAAGAGGAACUGAUCAAAACAUUUAUGUCCAGCAAAGCUCUUCCUCUCAUUACUGUCAAGUGCCAUCCCUAUCAUGUGAAUAACAAAGCAGUUCUCCUUGGAGAUGCAGCCCAUGCCAUGGUGCCUUUUUAUGGACAAGGGAUGAACUGUGGUAUGGAAGAUUGUAUCAUUCUGGAUGAAAUAUUGGAUGCAUAUGAGAAUGAUUUCUCUAAAGCUCUGCCAGCUUAUACAAAAAAGAGAAACCCUGAUGCUAAGGCUAUUUGUGAUUUAGCCAUGUACAACUACAUAGAGAUGAGGUCAAAGGUUAACACUACAAGUUUCCUGAUCAGAAAAAAACUGGAUAAUUUACUUUUCAAGAUAUUCCCAAAGACAUGGGUGCCUCUCUACACUAUGGUUUCUUUCACAAGAAUUGGUUAUCAAGAGGCCAUCCAACGCAGAGAGUGGCAAGAUCAGGUCCUGACUCGAUGUUUAACAGUACUGGGCAUCACUGGAGUAGUGGGCCUAGGGGUUAUGACCUAUCAGCUCAGUCAAAACUAUGUUCACUGGUCUGAGAGGGUGCAGAACAUUUUGAGUCAAUUUGGAAUGGUCUAUUAACUUGGUGAACUAAUGGUGUUAUUAAACAUUCCAGAUGAGUACAACUAUGUUACUUAAUUUCCUAAUCUCAUGUUUAAUCUAGUCACAUGACUCCCCUUGGUUUACUUACACUAUCAAUACUUAAGGAAAAUAAUGAUUUAAGUCAUUUCAAAAAGACUAAAUGCUUAUGAUUAUUACAAUGAAUACAAUAUAGUUUGUUUUGCUGAAAAGCUAAAAAAAAAAUUUAUUUUCAAUGUGUAUAGAUAUUAAACCUAUUGUAAACUCAAUUAGGGAAAAAAGUUGAAUUUGUCUGUUGGAAAAGUCUUACUUAGAAUUACAGACAAGCAGUAUUUAUUUUAUUAAGCCAAAAAUUGAUAAAUAUUUUAGUGUCAUACACAAUAGAGGCAGUUGUUGAAUUGUAAAAAAAAAAAAUGCUGGAUUGUCAUUUUUGCUUUCAGGGGUGUUUUUUUUUUCUGUUGGUACAAGUUAAAAGAAAUAAAAUAGCUUAGAGACCAUUUUAAUAGACCUGGUCUUACAAAUACAAUAUUUAUAACUGUUAUACCUCUUUAAUGAAAAGACACUAAUGGUCCUUUAGUUGUUGUUUUUUUUUUUACAAUUCCUCUAUUCAGGUUGCACAUUCAUUGGCAAAAGCAUCAAAUAUCAAAAACGUGGACAUGGUUCUUGAAAACAUCUCUAACGAUUUUCCUAAAAAUUUGACUGUUGAUCUACAUCUUUGGGAAAAGAAUUAGUAGCUAUUUGGCCACACUGGGAAAACUCUAGUUUGACCAUUAUAAUUUUUUCCAAUAAAUUAUAUAAAAUUAGGAUAGAGAACUAGAAAAUAUUUAUCUUGAACAGACUUUGUCUUCGGGUAUUUCCACAUGUAGAACCUAUUAAGGAAUUUAAUGAAUUAAUGUUCAGGAACAUUUUGCGCACAGUCUUCUAAAUUUACAUCUAAAGGGUUAUCAUUGGAAUAUUCUAAUGUCUAAUACAUUCAUACUUUUGCUUGACCAGGAUUUGUUUCGGGGGGAGUGUAACAGUCAUUAGUUAUUAAGAGCGAAAUAAUUGCCCUAUAAGAUGUAUAAAAUGAGGAAUAGUCUGUGAAAAAAUUAUUUAUUUUUCUUGCUUUUAAUUUUGCCAAAUUUGAUUGUAAAAUUUAAUGUAUUGGAUGACAAUAUUUUGUUGACAAGAUACUUGUAUCGAUUUAUUUAUUUUCUGAUAUUUUGUAAUUGUAAUACAUGUUCCUUAAGCAAGUAACUUGCAUAGACAUUGGUUGUGUUGUUUGCUGUCAGUACCUGGUAUGUAUUGUGUGUGUUUAAAUACUGUCACCUGAAAUUCGGCAGACAGAUUAUACAUUUAAAAAACAAACAAACAACUCACUUGUGAUGUGUUGGUCAAAGUGUAAAGAAGGUAUGUCAGUGCUCAAAGUGUAUAGAUGUAAAUACACAUUUUGAUUUUUAUUCAAUUAAUGUAUAGCAACUCAUUAUUGGACAUUUGCUAUUCUAGACAUUGUAAUGUGACAUCCAUUGUAUGCAUUGGUUUGCAGAAAGUUUUGAUUUGAUGCAUGACUAUUUCAUGGACUCAUUUAUAACCAUAUUGUUUCUACUAGAUACUAGUCAACAUACUUUCAUAUUGAAGGAAAUACAAUAAUGAAUUACCAUAAAGUACUGAGUUAAAGGAUGUGAUGUUUACAGCUGUUGUUAUCAAUUCAGUCUUUCAAUUUGUUUUUUAUUGCUUCAGUAUUUGCUAGUAUUAGUUGUGUUCAAACAUCAUUUAAUGACCACCUCUAUUUACUGUAUAAAGUAUUAUAAGAAGAUCUGCUUGCUAUUUACAUUAGUUAGUUCUUGUACUUCCUGGCUGAAGGUUAUAGUGAUGUUCAAGUCUGUCACAAUGUUGACAUUAUUACAUAUUUACAUUUUUACUAUCUACUGAUUUUAUCUGGAAAUUUUACUUGAAAUAAAUCUCUAUAUUUACUAAGAAAAUA